AAUAAACAUGGCGGCGAAAACGAAGGUCGCUCGGCUUGAAAGCGAACUAGAACGUGCUCGAGGGGAGGCUAAUUGGUCUAAGGCAUUUGAAUUGGCCACACAGCUAUCUAAUAGAUCGCCCGGGUUUGAAACUUUGACCAAAUUCCUCAUGGGCGAAAAACAACUCGAAGAAUACUCCGCUGUAUCUAAAACAGAUGAUCAAUCAAUAGCUAAAGCUAAAGAAGAUCUCAGUGAAGUUGAAAAUCACUUGAAGGAGGCCAUCAAAGGAUUUCAUUUAAGACCUGAACUCAAAAAAGAAGCUCAGCUCCUCCUGGCGAAGGCAUAUUUUGUGAUGGCAGAGUACAAGAAGACCUUGGACUGCUUGGGAGAUCUGGGUUUAGAUACUCUCAGUGUACAAAAUGUCUCAACAAGAAUGCUCAAGAUCAUUGCAGAAGCAUUUGCCAUAAAGGGCAUGUGUUUAGAGAAAUUGCCACCCCCCACAGCGACCACACCACUCAAACAACAAGAACACAAUGAAAGAAUUGUUGGCUACUAUGAGAAGGCAGGGGAUCUGGCCAUUGUCCAUUUACAAGAGAUGGACAAAGGGCUGACCCAAGCUGUGCCUAGUAGCAGUGGAUCUUAUAGUGGGUCUUGGAGUUCUACUUCACAGAAUGGUAUUGGAACAAUACUGGAAACUGCUCUACAGAAGUCUCCCAUACUGUAUAUUUCUCAAGGGAAGCUCAAUCGAGGUAUAGGAGCCUUUAGAGAACUCCUAACAGCUGUGGAAUCCAGAUCAACACAAAGCAUGAGAAUGACCCUAGCAAGACAGCUUGCAGAAGUUCUAUUAAGGGGUGUUUGUGAUAAAACCUACAUGCCACCAGAGAAUGUUACAGGCAGGAAAAAACUUGGAGAAAAUACAUUAGAGCCUAGAAGAUAUGUUGGAUCAAGUCGAUUUAGACCUCAGCAGAGAGAUGAAGAGUGCUUGCUGUUACUGAUUAUUGCAGAAUCUCUGGCCAGCAAGGCAGCUGUGUUAGAGAGAUCUCCUGAGGUGCAGGAAACCAAGGAGCACUCCUUCCACAAUGCCUGUGCUGUGUAUGACCUGCUCACCAUUGUGUUAGUGAAGAAAAUGCAAUAUCUCCAGUUAUCACAG